UCUCUCCCUGUCAGUAACACUCUCUCCAUUCGGUGCUGCGUGCGUCCUGCCGCUCUGUCUGACUCCUCGCCAAGACUUUCCUGUUGGAGGCACACUCUCGAGCGCGCGCCACCUUAUUUUAUUUUUCAUUCUCUUAUGUUUUUUUUUUUUCAAGUUUUUCCUUUUACAAACGUGGACUAUUUCUCGGAGGUAACAAUGGCCUGAGAGAUGUAGCGCGAUCAGCAGCUCUGAUUAGGGCGACUGAACGCCGGCGCCGUGCGUAAGUUAGGAGCAGGUGGAUGGAGAGGCUGGCGGGAUGCAGCUUUCCAGUAGGUCAGAGCCGCUUCGGGGGCGGCAGGACUUCUCAUUCUCGGGUUCUCGGGACACUUUUGCCACUAUGGACGUGAUAUGAGGAUGGUAUUUUUCUGUGGAAAACUGAGAUGUGAUAAUUGAUGCUCCUCCUACGUGAAAAUUUCUGAGUCAUCCCAAUCCCUAGAGCCCCACACCCUUGGAAGUCAAAGUCUUAUAUUCCCAGGACCCCAGGCUCUCACCUUUAUCCUAGAAACUUUUUGUAGUAAAAGCAGUUCUUUGAAACAUGUCAGUUGAACCCUAGACUCAUUAAUAUUUCCCAUCAUCACUGUACCCUUUUUGGAUUAGACAACCCCUUAAACCUUUAGGAAAUUAGACCCCAUUGCUCUCAGCAGUCAUGGCCUUGGAUCAGUUGCCCUUCCUUCCAACUUCCCCUAACAAUUCCAUCCCUGAGCCCUUCUGGUACGACAUCCAAGGGAAUGACUCCGACCUGGGCUUCAACAUUUCCCAAGACAAGGAGCAUCACCAGGACAAGACCAGCUCAGUGGUCAUUACCUUCAUCUACUUCAUGGUAUGCGCUGUGGGAUUGUGUGGUAACACCCUGGUCAUCUAUGUUAUUCUACGUUACGCCAAAAUGAAGACGGUGACCAACAUUUACAUCCUCAACCUGGCAGUAGCAGAUGUUCUGUGCAUGAUGAGCCUGCCAUUCAUCGCCCUGCAGCUGGCGCUGGUGCACUGGCCCUUCGGAGAGGCUCUGUGCCGAAUGAUCAUGAGCGUAGACUCUCUCAAUCAGUUCACCAGCAUCUUCUGUCUCAUGGUAAUGAGCAUCGAUCGAUACCUGGCUGUGGUUCACCCUAUUAAGUCUACAAAAUGGCGGAAACCCCGUGUAGCAAAGCUAAUUAACCUCACAGUAUGGGGUGUGUCGUUGUUAGUCAUCCUGCCAACUCUGAUCUUCAGUGGCCUGAACAAGGUUCCAGUGUGUGGCAUUGUGUGGCCGGAGCCUCAGGAUGUCUACUACACGGCCUUCAUAUUCUACACCUUCUUCAUUGGGUUCUUCCUGCCGCUGGCAGUUAUAUGUAUGUGCUACCUGCUCAUUAUAGUCAAGGUGAAGUCAUCCGGAUUGCGUGUGGGCUCCACAAAGCGUAAGCGUUCAGAGCGCAAGGUGACCCGGAUGGUGUCCAUCGUGGUGGCGGUGUUUGUCCUCUGCUGGCUGCCUUUCUACAUUUUCAAUGUCACCUCUGUCACCGGCUCCAUCAAGCCCACCUCUGCUGUGAAGAGCACGUUCGACUUCGUGGUGGUGCUCGGCUACGCUAACAGCUGCGCCAACCCCAUCUUGUACGCCUUCCUGUCAGACAACUUCAAGAAGAGCUUUCAGAAUGUUCUGUGCUUGAAAAAGGUGGCAGGCCUGGAUGAGGUAGAGCGCAGCGACAGCAGGGCAGACAGGAGCAAGAUGAUUAACGAAGCUGCGAUUAUUAAUGCCAACCUGUACACUCACAGUCCUACCCUGCUCAAUGGCGAACUGCAAACCAGCAUUUAAAGGAGUGCCAGUAACAGACUGACAGGCUGCCAGUGUACUGUGGUAACCCCAAGUUAAAACACAUAUGAGAAAAUGGAUGAUGUAAGAACUGCUCCUGGACACUGACGCAUGAGCAAAGUCGAAUUCAAAAAUAAACAAUUUCUUAAUCUUUUUAAAGGUCAGGGGAAGUGCACUGACUCAAGCUCAAAACUCUUGUUAAUUGGGUUAAUGAAGCAACUUGAGCUUAUUAACCCUAAGGCGGAGCAAGAAUAUGUAUUUUACUCAAGUGCUUUUCAGAGAUAAGUGACAUGAAACAUUUAUAAGAACGCUGUUUGUGCUUGCCAGCUUCAAGCUUUUAUGGAGUUGCCCGAAAUGAUCUUGAGGAGGCAGGAUGUGAAAGUGGAGCGUGGUGGAAAGGACGAAGAAAUAUUUUGGAUAGUACUCCAAUGGCAGAGAGAAGUCUGAGGGGACCGAGUACCAUCCUUGCUCUAGUUGACUGAUUUUUUUCUCUUUUUUAAAAUGUGUAUGUGUGUGUAUUAGCUAAAAACUUUAGGCACCGAUUUCUCCGGAUGUGGAAGUACCAUGGAGAGAAGUAGGCAAAACAUUUGAGUGAAAAACAGCCAGCUCUGUAAUUCCCCAGAGCCUCAAAGAUAAGAAUCUGAGUCUACAACCUGAAGGUUCAUGCUCAUAUUUUAUUCAUAUCAGGUGAUUAGUCUGGUCUUACAUGAUCAGCGGGGCAACGAAACGGCAAAGCCGACAAACAAAGGAUGUUAUUUUCUCUCCAUUCAAGCUGGUAUCAAGAUGGGAGAAGCUACAGAUCUGCAAACCUCUGAAUAUUACAUCCUGGAUUAUUGAUUUAGUGAAAGAAUGGGAAACUGUGUCUGUCUCUAACCUUGUUCCCUUACAACAGUUUGACUUUGUGCAUAGGAAAAAGGUUUUCUCUCAACCUCUUGGGAAACUUUCUACAUGUGGAUGAGUGUUGAAAUCAAAAACAAUUUUAAAGGAAAAACCUGCUGUUACGUUGUGUAUUGCUGAGUUUGUAAAGUCCCAUCAAAACUAUUUUUACCAUAUCCUGAUCUUUACAUUACUUUGUGCUGUUGUAAAGAGCCCCCAUAAGUGUAAAGUGCUGUGUUUUGGCAAUGUACGAGUUCCCAAUUCAAUGUCGUAACGCUCUGCUCAGAUUCACAUUUGGUUCAGCCAGCGUGUGCCUGCAAAGAUGCCGAAAUUUCACAGAAGGCGGACAAAUGUGUCAUGUAACCGAACAGGGAAGGAGAGAGAGAGAGAGAGAGGAAGAGAUGGAUAAGGAGACGCAGAGACAUAAAAAAAAGAACUAAAGCUUGUGGAUGCAGUGUAUGCACUGAGAACACAACACACAUGAGGACAAUGCUUUGAAGACUGAAGCGUGCUGCGUUAGCAUGACUGACAGGAAGAGAUCAAGGUGGCUGUGUGCAGAGGUGAGUGAUACAGAGGGACUCUAAAAAGACAACUUAAAAAAUAAUGCAUUAUGUGUUGAAAUCAAAGUCAAAGACACAGAGUUUCCAGAGCCUGGAUGUAUUUCUUCAUAAAUAAAUGUAAGGAUAGCUCAAACAUACAAUUUAUACAGUCUAUUACAUAAAAAAAAGUCAUUUGUCAUGGACUUGUUUGCUAAAUGUUAAUAAGAAACACGACCACGAGAGGCAGCAUAGUCUAGUAAAAGUUGAUGCAUUUGCACUUCCGUAAAGUCCUUUUUUAAGGAAUAUUAAAUGGAGUGCUUUUGUUGAUUUCCUGUUGCAGUGAUGGGUGUCCAUAUUAAACAUGUAGUUUGAAAUAAUGAGACUUGUAACAUCUAAGAUCCAAACGUUUGGUCUUCAUGAUCUGUUUUUUCUAUGCUCGGCUCUGUAGGAUGUCAGUGAGACAGAAUAUUCCUAAAAUUAUCAUCUCAGGCUUAUAGCUCUUGCUGUGAGCACGAAGCUCCGCCUUUUCAGACCUUCUGCUUGCGAGGGGCAGCCAAUCAGAAGAAAACUGGCAAUAGAGCUUGUUUCAGACAGAGGGUGAAAUGAGGUGCUGCACAAAGGCUCAGUAUGACAUAAUUUUGAACUGACUGCGCAAAGCUAAACCCCAAGAAUAAUUCAUGUCAUGGAGCUGGAAAUUAGCAUAAUAGCCCCUCUUUUAAAAAUCAAGGACACUGCUGCUGGGAACAUGUCACACAUUUCUGGCCACAUUCAAGUUUUAUGUCCAAAUCAACAAACAGUUCUGCCAAGUUUAGUUAUUGCUGUCACAUAUAAAAAUAUCAGGUCAAAACAAAGUUAAAACCAACAUGUAGUUGGUCUUCACAGUCACCAGUAUUGUUGGGGGACUCUAGAGUUUAUUGUUGCGGUAUAUGGCAAACAGCAUUAUAAUCAACAUAUUUUGAAUAGUAUUUCACUAUCUCUCAAUUGCAUUUAAUGCAUUGAAUUAAGAGUGGAAAUAAUAAGUAGACAGCUAUAGCUUAAAUUUGCGAGCAAGUCUAUUAUAACCGGACAUUUAUAUAUAUUUAGUUCUAUAUUUUGAGACUCUGGGUUGCUUGCGGGUUGGUUCAAGCCUCGGCAGUGUUGGUCUGUCAGUUUACUAUUUUGCUAAAUUGAUCAGACCUCUUUGAUGACUUAAAGCUGUUUUGGCGAUCCCUUAAGAUUACAUCAAUUGCCAUCGUCAGGUCUGUCAUUUACGCUAUUUGAUAAUGUGGUUUAAAAUCAAAAUUACCUACAAAACUAAUGGCACUUUUACCAUGUUCAGAUGGAAAGAAGUCAUUGGUUCAGCAGGUUUAAACGCCUGUAUACACAUUUAGAUAGAUAGUCUGUGUUCCAGAACAUACAGAGCUGAAUAGAGAGCAUGGUAUAAGGGAAACAUGAAUGUGACUUUUCUGUCCAGAAUAAGGCCCAAAAUAAAACAGUGAGUUUUGAAAAGUGCCAAUUCCAUUCAUAGUCUCCAUCAGGAUUUUGACCGUGAGCUACAUAAUACUGAAUCAGUCAAAAGUAGAUGUCCAAAAUUUAAACAGCAAUGCCUCUGAUUGGUUAAAGUUGGUGUUGUAAUGGAAAUGUUCAAACCCACGAACACUUAAUGAGGAUGAAAUAUAAGAAACCCUAACCCCAAACACACACAACACAAAUUACAAAAUUUAUUCAAAAAGACUACAGUAAUGUCAAGGAUAAAAUUCAGGAAGUCUGGAAGAUAUUCGCUGAGGAAUGUAGUAGUUCCUUCACCAUUAAAAGUAAUUAUAUAAACAGAUUUUCAUGUUACAGUUCACCUGGUAGCUGCUCAGCUUGGGUCAAGGCUUAAAACAUUUUAUAUGAAGGUUUUCUGGAGAAAUUCCCUUCUGGAACUAAAGCCCUUGGAAAAGUAGGCACUCAUUGAUGCUGACAUCCUGACAAUUAUAUUAUACAGAUAUUUAGCGAGUGUGUUAACAUUUUAACAUUGUGUUUAGCAUGUUAGCAUGCUAGCUUUCCUUGGAGUUUGCAACUCAGUCAGAAACAUUAGCAAGAUGUUAACAAAGAGUAAAAAGGGUAAAAAUGUUCACUAAAUUUCUGCAUAAUAAACUGCUAUCAUUGUGAGGAUGUUAGCAUGCUAAAGUCAGCACUUAGAUUGGAGCCAUGGACCCACAAGGGCUACAGGAUAUGUUUAGCCUCUUUGAUUUGGAAGUCAAAGUCAAAUUUGAACUUACUUACAGCUAUUGGCUAGCAAACACACAACCAAUAUAAAUAUCAUUUAUACAGUUUGAACAAAAUGGGCUUCAGCAAAAAGACCUUCACAAUAGCCUGAAUUUAGAAACCCUUACCACGUCCACAGUAGCCAUCCUGUUCUGUUCUACCUAUAAUGUUUUUACUCAUAUCCACUUCCACAAGACACCUUCACAACACCUGGUUCCCAGACUAUUUGUCAAAGCCUCUGCAGCAGCAACAAGAUUGCUGGGUACACGCUCCACUGUCAGAUUGAGUUGGUUCCAGUAUAUCAGUCAGGCCGGAAGCCCACAGUCAAUGCAAUCAAAACAGAUGAGGUAGAAGAGGCUACUCCUAAUAAUAUUAAUGUGAGGCUCUGCACACACAGAGAGGCAAGUCCCAGUUUGUAGCAGGCAACACACCCAGUAAUUUGUCGUGACAUUCUGUCUGUGUUGUCACUGCUGCAGGUAGUAUUUCCAGCAGGGUCAGUCGCACCUUCAAUAACAGGUCAGAACAGGAUUACAGAGAUACCCUAUGAAUCAUGUUUAUGGAAGUUCAUAUCAUGCUGUGAUUUAAUGUGCUUUAGCCCUGUUUCAUACUCUGUCACACAGACAUCCUUGGUACCAUAGUUUGAGAAAUACAUGAAAUGACGAUGGUGACCGGACUGUGUAUGUAACAGCAAUCAAAGAGUGAACAGAAAACAGGAACGUUAAUGAAACAUCCAGUAUAUUUUAGUAUGUUUUCCUUUUUCUGCUUUACUAAAUAACAUGUGCACCGCGGUGAAAAAACUCAUUUCAGAUCCUCACCCACUGCAGUUAAGGUAUUUAGCGUCUGCAAGCCUGCAGUGUGAGAACUGCUCUCCCAUCAUCCAGAGUUAAUUACUUGAACUCUCUGUGUUUUUCUAUCUGUUUCUUUCUCAGUCUUUCAGUCACAUUCACGGCUGGUGGAGUGAAAUGUGAGCUGACGCACUUUUUACACCCACCUAAAGUGAACGGCGAAAUAUACUGAAACAUACUGAAGAAAACACACAAAACACCAUUUCCACCGGCUACUCGGACACGCUAAAUGUACUUACGGGACCAUCGUGGUGUUUAAUAGAUGUUGAUGAAGAUAGUUUGUGCCAAAGCCAGUGUAAAUGUAGCGCUCAAAGGAGAGCUGGAGGAAUGAGACGCUGUUUGUAGUAGCUGCUUUCUUUGUCAUUUUGUGAAGUCAAGACCUGGAAUUAGGUCAUUUUAUUCGCGAAAAAAUGUAAAAAUGAAUAAAUAAAUUAGCAGGUAUCUUGGCUAGUUACUUGCUGGGUACAAUUCAGCACCUAAUGUGAAAAGGGCAAUAGUCUGCCUUUCAAGGCCGGUGCCCAUCACUGUAUAGUGUACAGACGAGAGGCAGAAGCAGAGGCACGGGAGACCUCUGGCUUCUUGUAUGCCGUUUCUUUCCUUGGAAACACUCGUUAAUUUGCGAAGGGCUAAUAGUGCAUUCCUCAGGAUGCACCUUUCGUUAUAAACAUUAAGUAUAUCUAUGGUAUCUUCUGUUUGUUCCUGCAUGGGGAUGGUGGCUUAAUAUUCCACUUUUUGCAUCACAGUACCAACCAAAACCAGUGUUACACACUUUACUAGGUGAUGCUUUUUUUCGUUUUUGGUAAUACACAGAAAGAAAAUGCAUAAACAUGCACCCUAGUCUCAUAAUAGGCCAUCAUUUUCUGUCAUUUUAGGUUAAAAUCAGGAGAGUCUGGAUGAAUAUCACACUAUAAUCCUGACUACACGAACUGGUAAUAAACUGCUUGAUACCGCCAUGUGCAGACGUGAUUAUGUACAUUUCUGUGCUGUUACUUUUAUCGAUGUGCCUUGAACCCAAUCAUGUAAAGACAUCAGUGUACAAGAAAACUUCAUUCUCACCCGUUACUCCCCA